CCGUGCCUGGAGGAGGAGGCACCCAGAGGCCUCGUGGACUGACGUGGAGGCAGGGGUGGGUGAUGGCUGGGGGGACGUAAGGGAGCUCUACACACCCAUCUCCAACUUUUCCCUUCUUCUCGUUGCUGAACAGAGACAUGACGAAGAGGCGGUAAUUGACCGGGGAGGAGUGAGCAGUGUUGUCAGGAUUCACUAUGAGAUGGAGGAGUUGGAAGGCCACCGGAACCUGUCUGUGGGCAUGUGGAUGCCACCAGUGAGGCAGAGCCACCGGCACCACCGACCCCGCAGCCAGAAGCACCAGGAAGGUGACCAGGAGAAGGACUCUGCCCCAGUGGAGCAGGGCUACCACUACACCCCAUCCCAGCGGGUGCAGUUCAUCCUCGGGACCGAGGAAGAUGAGCAGCACACCCCCCAUGAUUUGUUCACUGAGCUGGAUGAGAUCUGCGUGAAAGAGGGUGAAGAUGCUGAGUGGAAGGAAAGGGCAAGGUGGCUGAAGUUUGAGGAGGACGUGGAAGACGGUGGCGAGCGCUGGAGCAAGCCCUACGUGGCCACGCUGUCCCUGCACAGCCUCUUUGAGCUGAGGAGCUGCAUCCUCAACGGCACAGUGCUGCUGGACGUUUCUGCCAACAACAUCGAGGAGAUUGCAGAUAUGAUCCUGGGCCAGCAAGAACAGUCCAAGGAGUUUGAUGAGUGCCCACGGGCGAAAAUUCGAGAAUUCCUCUUGAAGAAGCAUCACCACCAGAAUGAGAAGGAAAGAAGCAACAUUUUCCCCAUUCUGCACUUGUUUGGUGAUGGGAGUGGGAAGCAACCAGACCUGCACCCCCUUGACAUUCCAGCCCAAACACUCACCCCUCACCCUGCCACCACUGCAGGAGAUAAAAACGGGGUGAACCGUGAGACCAGCUCAAUGGAUUUAAGCAAGGCGGAGCUGCACUUCAUGAAGAAAAUUCCCACCGGGGCUGAAGCAUCUGACGUGCUCGUAGGAGAGCUGGAUUUCCUUCAGCAGCCCUUCGUGGCAUUUGUCCGCCUGACCCCAGCUGCCCUCCUCUCGGGCAUGAUGGAAGUUCCCAUCCCGAUAAGGUUCCUAUUUAUUUUGCUUGGACCAGAAGGAAAAGGCCAGCAGUACCAUGAGAUUGGCAGGUCAAUGGCUACUAUCAUGACGGAUGAGGUUUUCCAUGACGUUGCCUAUAAAGCCAAGAGCCGGGAUGACCUCGUGGCCGGCAUUGACGAGUUCCUGGAUCAGGUCACGGUCUUGCCACCAGGAGAAUGGGAUCCAUCGAUUCGAAUCAAGCCCCCGAAAAACGUCCCAUCACAGCAAAAAAGGAAGAUGCCAGCAGCUCCCGAUGACAGUGCUUCUCACAGCAAGCCAGAGAAACACAGCGGUCCUGAGCUGCAGCGGACAGGAAGGCUCUUUGGAGGUUUGAUCCGGGAUGUGAAGCGAAAAGCCCCAUGGUACUGGAGUGACUUUCGGGAUGGUCUGAGGCUGCAGUGUCUGGCGUCCUUCCUCUUCCUCUACUGUGCCUGCAUGUCCCCCAUCAUCACCUUCGGGGGACUGCUGGGGGAGGCGACCCAUGGCCACAUAAGUGCCAUGGAGUCACUGCUGGGCGCAUCCCUGACCGGUGUGGUGUUUUCCCUCUUUGCUGGACAACCUCUCACGAUCCUCGGCAGCACUGGACCUGUCCUCGUGUUUGAAAAGAUCCUCUACAAGUUCUGCAAGGAGUACACGCUCUCCUAUCUCUCCCUGCGGGCGUGCAUCGGGCUGUGGACUGCCGCCUUCUGCAUCGUGCUGGUGGCCACCGACGCCAGCUCCUUGGUGUGCUACAUCACCCGCUUCACCGAAGAAGCCUUUGCCUCCCUCAUCUGCUUCAUCUUCAUCUACGAGGCUCUGGAGAAACUGAAUCGUCUGCGGGAGACCUACCCUGUGCACAUGCACAGCAAGCUCGACUUGCUCACCACCUACUACUGUAAGUGUGAGGCACCGACCCAUCCCAGCAACAAAACCCUGCGCUUCUGGGAGAGCAACAAGAUCAACGUGUCCAGCAUCACCUGGGAAAACCUCACGGUGGCUGAAUGUCAGUCUUUGCAUGGAGUGUUUCAAGGACCCGCCUGUGGACACAACGGCCCCUACGCACCCAAUGUCCUCUUCUGGUGCUGCAUCCUCUUCUUCUCCACCUUUGUGCUCUCGAGCUUACUGAAGAAGUUUAAAACCAGCCGUUACUUCCCAACCAAAGUGCGGUCCACAGUAAGUGACUUUGCUGUUUUCCUCACCAUCGUCAUCAUGGUGCUUAUGGACUUCAUGAUUGGGAUCCCAUCACCAAAGCUCCACGUCCCCCACGUGUUCAAGCCUACUAGAGACGACCGCGGGUGGUUCAUCAACCCCCUAGGACCGAACCCUUGGUGGACGGUGUUGGCUGCGCCCAUCCCAGCUCUGCUCUGCACCAUCUUGAUCUUCAUGGAUCAGCAGAUCACUGCUGUCCUUGUGAACAGGAAGGAGCACAGGCUGAAGAAAGGAUGCGGGUACCACCUGGACCUUUUCGUGGUGGCCGUGAUGCUCGGGGUGUGCUCUGUGAUGGGGCUGCCCUGGUUUGUGGCUGCGACCGUCCUGUCCAUCACCCACGUGAAUAGCCUCAAAGUAGAAUCUGACUGCUUAGCUCCGGGAGAACAACCCAAGUUCCUGGGGAUACGAGAGCAGAGGGUCACGGGCUUGAUGAUCUUUGUGCUCAUGGGUUGCUCUGUCUUCCUCACGUCUGCGUUAAAGUUUAUCCCAAUGCCUGUGCUUUAUGGCGUCUUUCUCUACAUGGGCACGUCGUCACUCAGAGGAAUUCAGUUCUUCAACCGCCUGAAGCUGUUUUGGAUGCCAGCAAAACACCAGCCAGAUUUCAUCUACCUGCGGCACGUCCCCUUGCGAAAGGUGCAUUUGUUCACCAUGAUCCAGCUGAUCUGCCUCGUCCUGCUCUGGGCCAUCAAGGUGUCCCCAGCCGCCAUCAUCUUCCCCAUGAUGGUAAGAGCCGGUGCCGCUUGGCAGCGGGAUGUUUGCAGCGCCGGAGUGAGAUGUCACAUUAUCUUGGGCCUCACCACAUCUUCCCUCUUACUCGUGAAGGUUUUGGCUCUCGUUUUUGUCCGGAAAGUGAUGGAUUUCUGCUUCUCGCAGCGAGAGCUCAGCUUUCUGGAUGACCUUAUGCCAGAAAGCAAGAAGUUGCUGGAUGAUGAGAAAAAUGAAGCCGAAGGGGAAGAGGAGUCCCAGAUGAUGAUGGAACCUGCUGCUGCUGCUGGAAAUUCAGUUCAGCUGAACCUGGGGAAGACCAGUGACUCAGCUAUCCCAGAGCAAAGCAGUGACAGGACCGAUCCUUCCGAGGUUGGUAUCUCAGGUGAAAUUUCAACAACGGACGUAUGGAAGGCUGUCCCCGUGAGCACAGAAGCACGCUGAAUGUGGGGAGGGAAGAGUUUUCCUGUCGGGGCAUCUUGACUUUGAAGGAGAGGAGUAAGGACAUGACUCAGGGACGUGCCAACGCAGACACAGGGAGGAGUGACUUUUUUUGCAUGUAGAGGAUUCCCAUUAAAGCCGUGCAGGUGUUUUCUGUUA